AUGGAUCCAGCACCGGACCCCUCGAACAAGGCCACGACGACUUCGUUCCGGGAUGCGCUUGCAUUAGGGUUGCCCUUGUCGAGCAAAGGCGCGACGCAUGCGGCAUCGUUGCCCAGAGGCGUACGUAAUACUUUGAGCUCAGCGCCGAACGAACGAAAUGGCCGGCAUCGCGCGUCGUAACCACCCCAUCGGCAGGCCGGGAUGAGACUCCCUGGAGGUGGUUACAAGAGCAGCCGGCUGAUCAUGAUGGGUUUGUUCAUCCACAGCAAUCGUGCCUCGCAUGUAGGAGACGCAAGGCAAGUCUGCGAUCACAGUCACCCGGGACACGCUUCAGCGCCGUACUCGCCGAUCGAUCUACCGCGCUUGGAUCCGGCCCACGGUGUUGGCUGAGGUCGCAGCGAUCGAUCGGGAUUCCAACUACCAAGCUAACUUAGCUGGCCCUUUGACACUUUACGCAGGUCAAGUGUGAUGGAGUGAGACCGGUGUGUGGGGGAUGCACUCGUUCGGCGCUUGCCCACGGCGAGUGAGUUAAUUCGGGAUACCGAUACCCCUGAAGAGAGCCUUCGGCGCGUUGGGUCGGACGCUGAUUCUUUGCUCGACAACUUGCGCUGCUGCGCGCACUUACAGAGACCCCAACACAUUCGCAUGCCCUUAUGACGAUUCGGAAAAGCCGCCGACCAAACGCAAGAGGCCCGCGAGCUCUACAGCACCGAUCGCUCUGGAACCGGUAUAUCCUUCGCCCCCGGCUUCGGCGGGACCGACGCCACGCGAGAGAGAGCUCGAGAGACAGCUCGGUUAGUCGAGCACGAAGGCUCGGUAACUAUUAGGAACGCUAUGCUUACCCUAAAACAACGAUUUGAACAGCUAUCCUGGAAGCCAAAUUGGCCGCGGCGACUUCGCCUUCAGGAUCGGGCUCGUCAUUCAGCUCCGUCCACGUCUCCACGGCCUCAGGCUCGUUCAGCAACUCGCCCUCGACCAUGGGUUUGCUAGGCACCGGCAGCAACAUCACGUCGCCAGAAACAAGUCUAGACUAUCUGCUGCAAGCCACGACAAGUCAGCAACCGAUGCUCUCGACGAUCACCUCCGGCUUCUCGUCCACGGAGCGACUCUUUUCGCCGUAUACGUCCGACCCAAGCCCAACCGUCCCGGUCUCGGAUGACUCGUACCUCCUUCAGCUCUUGUACCCCGGAUGGCCUGUCGAUCUCCCCAGUCCUGGUUUGGUCAACCGACUUCUGGACGUCUUUUUCACCAAAUCGCACGUCUUCAAGGAGAUGGUCAACAAAGAUCGGUUUAUGGCCUCGAUGAUUUUGCCUCCGUCGCACCAUGGCUUCCCGCAUCGCUCGAUCCUCCAUGCCAUCCUCGCUUGUACGGUCAAGAUGGUUAGCGACGAUUUCUACGGGCACGAGCACGGGUAUUGGCUGCGUCGUCAGGACGGGGUGGCGCAGGAGGUGUCGCCGGCGGAUUAUCAUGCGCAGCAAGCGAAGGCCGCGGUGGAUGAGUCCGUACGCAAGGGGCAGGUCUUGUUUCAUGUCCAGCAGGCGAUGGCCUUGCUCUGCUACUAUUGCUACACCUCGGCUCGCUUCAUCGAAGUUUGGCUCGGAUGUGGUCUUUCAACUCGAUUGACCGGUCCGCUCGGCCUCUCCCAUCUACGGUCGAAAGCGCAACAAGAACUCGAGGAACUGCACGGCAUCGCGCGCAACAUGAUGACCAACAAGAAAACGAGCUUUCUACCGCCAAUCAAGGACGAUGAAGAAUACUUUGAGCGUUCGGUGACGUUUUGGCUCACCGUUUGUGCGGAUCGGUUCGCGAGCGCGUCGACGAAUUGGCCGGUUUCGUUGGACGAAUCGGAUAUUACGUCAUUGUUGCCGUGUAGGGAUCCUUCUUUAGAUGUGAGUCCAAGGAUCACCGGAUUAUUGCGAUUGUGGUGACAUACUCUCAUGGAUGGUUACGGCUUCCUCCAGACCACCAUUCCCAACCAGUCACCUCUGUCCAUCAAAAAGUGAGUCGUGCUGCUGGAGAUCCUUUCAGACGACCUUCGCUCAUCUUUGUACUUCCACACGCCUUUACAGUCCCAACUUCUUCACCUUCCACCCACCACACCUCGUUGGACCUUUACAACUCUACAUUAAGUCCGUCCUCCUGCUCGGGCGCGUGGUGACGUACAUGCAACGCGAAGGCGCAAGAGACCGUUACCCCCCCCCGAAAUCGACAUCCGCACGACCGCGGCCUUCCGCAAACUCGAGAACGACGCCGUCCAGUUCCGUAUGUCGAUCCCCAAGGAAUACCAACAAUCGGAUGCGCCGAACGUACAGGGUCAGUCGACGCCGGUCGAUAAUCGUAUCUGUGUGAUCCAUGCGAUGCCCCACGUCGCGACGAUCAUCAUGCACGAGCCUCUGGUGGCGAUGCAGGACAACGACCCCUCCUUCGCGAAAUGUCUAGCGUCGGCGAGGUCCAUCCUCGCGUCCGUUUACAACCUCUGGUCCACUUCUUUCGACAUCGGUUUACUAGCACCUUUCAUCAACCUCGCUUGGUCCGUCGCCGGACGAACGCUCGUGCGUGAGAUAGCCUUCAAGCAAGCCCUGCACCCGAACUCGAAUACGAGCCAACUCGUCGCGGACGUGCAAGUCAUCCUAGCAGCCAUGCGAGCGUUCAAAACACCCCUCGGUACAGCCGUCGCGCAUAUUUUGCAGAGGUUGUUGGAUAACCCGCCUUCGGCUUUGCCCAACGCGGAUAUGUCUUGUGGUCACGUUUCUAAACACCAGGAGCAAACGAUGAUGUGUGGUGCCCCCAUCGGAGGAGCAGGAGCAGCAAGAGGAGGGAGCGAUGAAGCUUCUUACACAGGUCUCUCACCGAGCCCGGCAAUGACAAGUCUUCAAAGCGUUUCACCCAAUGGUGAAUCACCCCUUGGUGGCAACGGAAGUCAUCGGACCUCUGGGUCCAGUUCGGGCGUCUCCCCAGUUUCGAAUACGGCUUUCGACCUCCCUACGACACCGAUGAAUUCGAUGGACCCGAUAGGCAAUUUCUUUGAAGGGAAUGGGGACGAGGCGAGGAAGAUGAAGAUGAAGGAGAUGCAGGAUACUUUAGGAAAAUUCGUCGAGGUCGCGGGUUUGAAUGGGGAUUCGUUCGGGACGGGAUGGAAGUGA